UGCAAUUGUGGGUGGGCAGAACGCCGGGCGUUACAGAGAGAGCGAGGUCUGCUCUCAUUCAGUCCUGGCUUAAGUCCUCAGGUUUCGGCAGAGUGCCUUGUUAUUAUUUAAAAAAGCUUUCUAUUGAGACCUUAAAGAUCGUUUUAACCCUUUCUCCACACCAUUCAAGGGUUGAAUAGCUGUUUAUUACUCUCAAAGAGAGUGCUAGCCCCGAGGCGUUGACUCUGUGAGUGCACAUUUAUUUCGUUCAGGAAAAUGGCAAAGGAUGAUAAGAAGAACGCAUGGAAGGAGUUCUUCUGGAACCCGAGGACUCGAGAAUUCUGCGGUAGGACCGCGAGCAGUUGGGGUCUGAUCCUGUUGUUUUAUCUGGCAUUCUACAUUUUCCUGGCUGGAUUAUUUGCUCUCACCAUGUACGUAAUGCUGCAGACACUCGAUGACCACAGACCAACAUACCAAGAUAGACUUUCAACUCCAGGGAUGAUGAUCAGACCUAAAGGAGAGCAGCUGGAGAUCGUUUACACCAUGGAGUACACAGAGACAUGGGAAAGAUAUGUCCAAGCCCUCAAUAACUUCCUGUCGCCCUACAAUGACUCAGUCCAAGCCCAGAAGAAUUAUGAGUGUAAACCGGAUCAGUACUUCAUCCAGGAGGACAGUGGCAGUUUGAAAAACUUCCCCAAGCGUUCCUGCCAGUUCAAACGCUCCAUAUUGGAGGAUUGCUCUGGGAUCACAGAUCGUUACUAUGGUUACGAUGAGGGCAAGCCCUGCAUCUUCAUCAAGCUCAACCGUGUGAUUGGUCUGUUGCCUGCUAGGGACGGGCAGCCUCCUUAUGUCACAUGUGGUGCUAAGAAAUACAAAGUUGGCACUGAUGAGUGGGCGGAUGAUUCAGAUAAACUUGGUGAACUGGUGUACUUUCCCCCUAAUGGCACCUUCAACCUUAUGUACUACCCAUACUAUGGCAAGAAAGCCCAGGUGAACUACUCUCAGCCUUUAGUGGCCAUUAAGUUCCUCAACAUCACCAUGAAUGAGGACGUCAACGUGGAGUGCAGAAUCAAUGCUAACAACAUUCCAGAGGGCAGUGAACGAGACAAGUUUGCGGGACGCAUUUCCUUCAAACUGAGGAUCAACUCCAGAGAUUAAAUAGGCGAAAGUGUGUUCCUUUCUUUUACACACAGACACAGACACACACAGGUUCUCCACAUCUAAAAGAGUGCAUGAUUAUGCGCAGAAGGCACAGGUAGAGACAUAAGCCAGACACAGCAAUCCUCAGCACAGACAGAGCAUAGAGUAAUACUUCAAUGUUUUUUUUUUCAUUUGAGACUGUAGUGAGGUUGUAGAGAGUUAGCAAGGUUGUUUUUGUGUGUAUUUAUGUGUGUACAUCAGUGUGUGUGUGUGUUAGCAUGUAUGAGUUGAGAUACAGUAUUUAUUUUCUGAAAUUUUAAUUGCAUGCUCAGCUAUCAGAGCAAUUCAGAGCAAAUAAUAUAUUCUAUUAAAACAAUAUUAGGAAAGGAAUAUAAAAAAAAAUCAGUAUCUAAUAACUAUGCUGUUUUCUUCCCUCAGUAUCAUUAAUUAAUUUAAGUAGGUGUCUAUGAAUUAAUGUGGCAUGAUCUCAUGUGUGUUUGAAGUAUCUCUUGACUGACUGCUAGGAAUUUAUAUAUAUAUAUAUUUUUUAUUUAUUAAAAUUUUAUUUUUGCAUGUGUGUAUCAGUUCUGAAGAGUGGUAUUGAAACCUUUUCUCUGUCUGAUUUGUGGCUUUAUAAGUGAAAAGGAUAUUUUAUAUACCAACAUGUAGAUAAUGCUGUGCACGAUGACGUCAGCUCUGCAUUUCUCACCAACACACAAGAAAACUGAUACAUUCACAUUACUGCAUUCCUGUUGGUUUCGGAACAGUCUGUACUUUCAUAUGAUGAAGUGUCACGUUUCAUUUAUCAUGAGGCGUGUCUAUUUAAGUUUGUUUAUAUGUAAAAUAGGUCUUUGCAGUAUUUUACUUUUCUUUUUGGCAUGUGUAAUCCAAUUUGUCUCACAUGGUGAGGGGAUAUGAUGUUUUGUAUUGAUUUGCACCGGCUUAGAGGAUGACAGCAGGCCUGGGUUCAGUUUAAAUUCUGAAAACUAGAUAGAGAAAGUGUGUUUGAUAUGUGUGUGUGUGUGUGUGUGGAUUCCUACAUGUGUGUGUUUUAUUUGAUUUGAUUUCUUUUAUGUUAAUCUUUGUGCACAAUUAUCUAUAUAUUUGGGUUUUGUUGGAAGUGACUCUAAGCAUAACCAUAGAGAGAGAUAGAGAGACUCUAAGAGCAGGAGCAGCAGGCUUAUGUUUCUGCUGAUAAGGAAGACAGAAGUGAAUCCAUCCCAGUCCUUACCCUGCAUAAAUCAAUAAAACAAACAAACAAACAAAAACAUGUUCACCCACCUCAUUUCUCAUUUUUCUAAAUCACUCUUAAAAAAAUCAUUUCUUUCUCUUUUGUUUAACACCUAAACUCACUCUCUGAGCAUAUAGCUUACACCUCAUGCUCCAUUCUGAGAAGUGUCUUGUGGAGAGUUCAUACAGUAUAUAAGAGUAUACACUCAGUCAUAGAACUGACAAGUGUACACUUCCUCUAAUGCCCUAAUCCGUUAUUCUCACUACAUAAUCCUAAAUGGAUAUGGUGCUUUACUACAUUUCCUCAAAAGUAUCCAUCCAUCCAUCCAUCCAUAUAUCUAUAAAUUAAGUGUCAUCUCAUUUACUGAAAAAUAUUUAGUUGAGUGACGAAAUGCUUCUUCACAUUUGAUCACUUUCAAAUGUGCGUCUGUGUUGUGUCUGUAUAUUGCAUAUUUUAUGUUUGUGCAUAGUGAGGUUGUUAUCUGACCCGGCAGAGAAAGCUUCAAAUCAACAGAAUUAAAUAUUCAUUCACCUCAGGCCCCAGAUCACAUAUCAUUAACUUGACCCUGUACACUAGUUCACUCUGGAGUGCACAAGAAGGCAAAGAGAAAAAAAAAACAUAUCUAUGAUAAGUUCAGUUUUUGGGGCAUGCAGGUUUUGAGAGAAUGGUUUUGUAAACAGCGCCCCUAGUGUAACAGUUGUGCUGUGCCUCUCCCAUGCCACCGACUGUUUCUACUGGUGAACUAGUGCAUUAGCAUAUGUUUCCAUAUACAUGAAUCUUCUGAAAAGCAAUAUAUUUAUAUUUUGGGUCCAUUUGGUGCAUAAAGAAAAGUUACAUACUAUAUUUGUAUUUUCCUUUAGAUUGGCUGAUCAUGAAGAGUAUUAUUUAUUAGUAUAUUUAAAUUAAUAUAUAGAUGAGAAUGGCUAUAUGUAUUUUAAAAUCACAUAUAAUAUAGAAAAGAUCCUAUAUUCUCAAUGAACCUAUAUUUCUAUUUUUGUUGAUCAUUUAUGAAAAAGCAUGUAACCGCUGGAGAAUGUAUGAAGUAUAUUAAAGGGGGCAUAACACACA